CUCUUUAUCUGGUGUCAGGCUUCAUCAACUGCUACCAACAUGUCGAUGGACCUGGAUGCGCCGGUGCCUUUCGAGGCCCCGCAAGGCCAAAUUGCUGCGACUAUUCUGUGCUGCAACUGUGGUGCUCCUAUCGAUGGAACAACGGCGGCAGGUGCCCUUUGCCAGGACUGUGUGAAGUUGACGGUCGAUAUUUCCCAAGGCAUCCAGAGAGAGGCGGUGCUUCACUGCUGCAAGGACUGUGAGCGGUGGCUUCAACCUCCCACCAGCUGGAUUAGUGCGGCGCUCGAAUCGAAGGAACUUCUCGCACACUGCUUGCGCAAACUUCGUGGCCUGACCAAGGUCCGGAUUAUCGACGCCAGCUUUAUUUGGACCGAACCCCACUCGAAACGUAUCAAGGUCAAGAUCACCAUCCAGCAGGAAGCAUUUCAGGGCACUAUUGUGCAGCAGACAUUCGAGGUGGAAUACGUGGUCGCCUCGCUACAGUGCCCCGAUUGUAAAAAGUCGUUCACCGUCAACACGUGGAACUCCAGCAUCCAACUGCGACAGAAGGUGCCUCACAAGCGAACCUUCCUGUACCUUGAGCAGGUUAUUCUGAAGCAUAAUGCUCACCGCGAUACGAUCAACAUCAAGGAGGCCAAGGACGGUUUGGAUUUCUAUUUUGCGCAGAGAAACCACGCGGAGAAGAUGGUCGAGUUCCUGGCCUCUGUGGCCCCGUGCAAGAUGAAGAAGUCGCAAGAACUGAUCUCCAUGGAUGUGCACACUUCCAUCAAAUCGUACAAGUUCACAUUCUCUAUUGAACUGAUCCCUAUCUGCAAGGAUGACUUGGUUGCGCUACCCAUCAAACUUGCUAGAUCUCUGGGUAACAUCUCGCCCCUGGCUCUCUGCUACCGCGUCGGCACCACGGUCAACCUCCUCGAUCCCAACACCCUUCAAACAUGCGACGUCCCGACCGGCACAUACUGGAGGUCUCCCUUCCGGAGUCUUGCCGACGUCACGGAGCUGACUGAAUUCAUCGUCAUGGACAUUGAACUGGUCGGACGGUCGAACGGACGGUACUAUCUGGCGGAGGCAACUGUUGCUCGCGCUUCGGAUCUGGGCUCGAAUGAUCAGACCUAUUUCACCCGUACCCAUCUGGGUGGAGUUCUUCACGUGGGUGACUCCGUCCUUGGCUACCACCUGACUGGUACCAACUUCAACGACCCCAACUUCGAAGCCCUCGAGUCUAGCGGCCAGUACAGUUCCACCAUCCCCGACGUUGUACUUGUCAAGAAGUUCUACGCCCGCAAGAAGAAGAACAAGAACCGCAACUGGCGUCUCAAGCGCAUGGCCCUGGAAUAUGAGGAAGAAGCGCAACAGGCGGCGCCUACCAACCUUAACAAGAAGCAAGAGGCCGAGCGUAACCGCCUGGAGGAGGACUUUGAGAUGUUCUUGCGUGACGUUGAGGAGGAUCAGGAACUGCGUGGCACGCUUGAUCUGUACAAGAAGCGGAACCAGGUUACCUUCGACAAUGGCGGUAUGGACAUGGACGAGGAUAGCGGAGACGACGAAGUGCCCAAGAUCGACAUGGACGAGCUGCUUGAUGACUUUGAUGAGUUGAACAUGGACGAUGACGAAUAAGUUCCACGGGACUUUCUUAAUCACGACUGCACAUAGGGGUUCCGGCGUUCUCAUGGCUAUUCUGAUAUCGUUAUGGUUAACAAUAUCCGGGCUGAUACACAAAAGUUAGGUACAUAGAUCAUGACAGUGAAUCUAUAGGUGAUUCAGACAUUUCAUAGUAGUGAAAUUGUCCUUCAAUAUUGGUUCCGUCUUAUCGGAUACCUUCAUCAAAGUCUUC